AUGCUAAAGGAAUCCGUCAUUCUACUCUGCAUUGGUUUCACAGCAGCAAAUAUCUGCAAUGAUGGCACAGGUACAUGGGCUUUCAGCCUUGUCGAUGGUGUCACUGAUUUCGCUUACGGAGGAGUUCAGCUGAAUAACAAAUACAACUGCUUCGAAGGCUGCUUGAAUACUCAAACAGCGGUUCAAGAUUUCAAAGUGGCUCUGAAUGGUACCGUGCCACCGACGGCUUCAAUGCCGAUGGUGAAGCAGCGAAAGCUUGGACCCCGAGCAAAUCGUCUUGCACGUGUGAAGAAAAUGCAAGAGAGUGACGAAGAUCCAAACGAAGAAACUUGUGCUGAUCCACAGCUGAGGACCGACGUUGCCAACGCAAUCAACAAGGUCACCGAUCAUUCGUGCAAGGUGAACAUACUUCUUACCUUUCUGAGAACCAGCACUGGUAAUGCUCCUACAACAGGAUGA